CACAGUUGAACAACAGCAAACUGGAGCUAUUCUAGUAUGAAUGAGGCCGAGGAGCAAGCCGCGUGGGAGCGCGAGAUGGAGAUGAUGCUCGACCAGCGCGAUAGCCGCAGCCGCAGCCGCUCCUUCUGCGGCGAGGCCCCGCGCGACGACCAGGCGGAUGGCUACUAUGGGCGGUCGCGGUCGCACUCGCGGGCUCGCGAGAUGCCCGAGCUCGUCGACGAUUCGAGCGACAACGUGCUCUCGCCGCCCCUCGACGCUGUCGACGACAGCUACUCGGGCACCGACGUCUCGCGGCAGGCCGCCGCCCUGACCAAGAUCUACCUCGCCGGCUCGGCGCCCGUCGACGUCGACUCGAUCACGUUCAACGACGGGUCGGGCUCCCGCGCAGCGCAGCACCCUGCCGAGACGGGCGCCUUGAGUGCCAAGGCGCUCGACAUUCUGUCACAAGGCCUCGCCAUGCGCACGGGCGACGACCUCGAGAGGAAGAGCAUGACCGAGGAAGAGCUGGAAGAGAAGAAGAUGGCAGAAGAAGAGGCGAUCAAGCUGCAGCAGGAACGGCAACCGAUGACGCCAGCGCCCGAGCUUGUCGUCGAAGAAGUGGUCGCGCCCGCCAAGGCCAAGUCGUCGCUUCUCUCAGGAUUCAAGUCCAAGGUCCUGACCAAGUUUGGCCCGAAGGGCGGCGGCGGCGGCUCGAACCGCAGCUCGAUCACAAAGGCCACCACGGGGCGCAGCUCGCUCGGUCGCGCGCCGUCCUCGCUCUCGGCGUCAGCCACGGACGACGAGGCCAAGACGGUCGUCAAGAAGCCCCACAAGAUCAAGCUUUUGCUGCUUGGCGACAGCGGCGUCGGCAAGACGAGUCUCAUGCGCGUCUUCUCUGGCGACGAGUUUUCCGAGUCGAUGUUGGCGACAGCAGGCGUCGACUUCAAGCUGCGGCAGCUGCGCCUCGAAGACGAGCACGACGUCGCGCUCCAGAUCUGGGACACGGCCGGCCAAGAGCGCUUCCACCGCAUCACGUCCACGUACUACAAGGGCGCGAACGGUAUCAUCCUCGUCUACGACGUGAGCGACAAGCGCGGCUUUGACAGUACGUCGUUUCUCUGUGCGAUGUCCUGAUAGAUUGAUACUGUAGACGUGGGCUACUGGAUGAAGAACAUCCAGCAGUACUCGACGCCCAACAUGCCGGCGAUGCUGCUGGUCGGCAACAAGAUUGAUUUGCCGACGCGCAUCGUACCCUCGGAAGACGGUCAAGCGGCCGCGUCGCAGUACAACUGCCGCUUCAUCGAGACGAGUGCAAAGACGUCCGAGAACACGUCGGACGCUCUCGAGACGAUUGCGCGGGACGCGCUCAUCAUGACCCUCAACCCUUCCAUGACGCAACGCGAGCUCCUCGAGCGCGAGCGGCGCGGGAAGCUCACGCAUGACAACUGCGCCAUCAGUUGACCUAUUUUUCGAUUCGAUCGACUACCUGCAACCACAACGCUGCCGUCGUUGUCCCUGCUUCCUCCGCCUAGUUAGUAUUCGGAGCGCCCUAAUCUAAAGAAAUGCCAUAGAGUUGUUGCGA